UCUCUCUCUCUCUCUCUCUCUCUCUUUGUCGCUCGGCUGGUUGUUUCGCUUCUAAAUAUGCGGCCGCGUCAUCCGGUAUGCAUGCGCGAGUAAUCAACGCGCGAUUUAAAUUGCUGAUACGCUAACUACGGGCGCAGUUGAUUCGGCAUUUUCGGCAUGCGCUGCCUCCGUUCGAUUCGCGCGCGCCGGCGGAAUCGGAAAAUCCGCGCGGCGAGAGAGAAAGAGAGAGAAAGAGAGAGAGAGAGAGAAAGAGAGAGAGAGAGAGAGAGAGAAAGAGCAUCGAUCGCGUGCGUACGCGCGCGCGCGGCCUCCGGGAGCCUCGGAGUCAUCGGCGAAAAACAAAAGCGAGCAUUUUCGCCGACCUUGGCCCUUCGGACCGCUCUCGGCGUUUCGGAUGACCGGAUGCCAUCCGCGCGCGCGAGCGAGAAAGCCGACGCGAGUCGCGCGACGACAGAAGGAAAAGCUCACAGCGAUGGGAAGCGCACAGAGAGAGAGAGAGAGAGAGGGGGUUAAGCUCAAAGGGGGGUAAUGCCGGUGAAUGAAAAGGGAGAGGGCGAGCAGAAGGGGGGGGAGAGAAAAUUCCGGAGGCAGAGUACUGUUGUCGAUGGCGAAGUGAACGCGGAUUUAACCAAUUAUCACCCCCGCUCUCUCGACAUGGACGCAUGAACGAGGCCCUUCCGGUUACGCUCGACCCAUCUGCCGAGCCACGCGGCCUCCCUUAUUGUCCUUUGGAGAAGUGAUAACACGACGCGCUCGCGUCCCGUCCGCUCGAUUAUGUGCGUAUCGCCGUCGGAGAGCAGCGCGAGCACGGCGGCCGCGCGAAACGAGCAGCGUCAUUAUCGGAGAGAUCUCCCCCCCCCUCGCCCGCGAGCGAGCGCGAAUCGCCGAUUUCCUCUUUGGCACGCCGCCGAAUCGGCCGAUCGCGCGCGCUGUCUCUCUCGUCUCCUCGCUCGCUCUCGCUCUUUCCCGCCGAAAAGCUGAUUAACGUCCGCGCGCGCAAACAGAGAUUUGAAUAUUCAUAUUUGUAUUUUAAUACACGGCGAGUCCGGACAAAAAAGGGAGGGCUUUUGUCCGGAUGGAAUGAAAGAGCCGCGACCGGGGCGCGUUUUACAUGCGGUUUAAUCGUUUGAUCGCGCGUUUAAUCGUCCCGUCCCUCCUCCCCGCCCAUCCUCGGGAUGGCUUUAGCAGCGAGAGCGUGUUUAACGCGAGUCCGAUUCGGCCGAAACGACCGAGUUGUUACUGGGUACCAUUGGCGAUCUUCGUGUUGCGGCGCGUUUGCAUGUGUGCAUAGGUGUCCCGGUGAGAAGAGAGGCAGAUGGAGAUAAGGGAAGAAGAAGCGGAGGUAUUUUGACAGCCUCGGUGUUUGUCCCCGGGAAUGCCACGAAUGCCUGCGUCGGCGGUACUCCUCGGUAGCUGGGGCUGGGGAUUUUUCGCCGUACUUCUCCUGCUGCUGGCCACCCCCAGUCCCGCUGCUAUUCGCAGAGCGGACCGAGGUCACUGCAACAAAACAGUGGACAUUUACGAGGAUGUGUCGAGCCCGGCGGUGACCGCCGCGAAUUGGGGCAAACCCCUGUCGUGCUGGUACCGCUUCCGUGCCUUCCGCGGGACACCCCGGGAUUGGAUUCUGCGGGUUCGCUUCAAGAAGUUCAAAGUCGGCGUGCUGGAAAACGCGACCACCUGCAGCGGCGGAUACCUGCAGAUCAUAGACGGCAACACAAAGACCGAGGUGAGCAACCGCAAGGACCCGGGCGUCUACUGCGGCGAGUCCGAGCAGCCGCAGACCUUCAUAUCCGAGACGAGCUUCGUGCGGGUGCUCUUCCACGCGGACAACUUCACGGACCAGACGUACUUCAGCUUCGACUCGCGCGCCGAGCAGCAGUUUGAGGUCUACCUGAGGUACGGCCAGCACCCGGAGCUUUACCCGAACCGUCGCGGUGAGAUCGUGCCCGGCAGCUACUGCGAGCGCGUGUUCAGGGAUUGCCGGCUGCAGACGUGCUACGUGCAGAGCCCGGCUUACCCGGGCAUCUACCCGCGCGCUUUGCACUGCAAGUACCGGCUGAACACACGGCUGCCGUUCAUCAAGCUCUACAUCGAGAACGAGGAGUUCAACAUCGACGGUCAGCGAUGCGAGAACAUCAUGACCUGCCCGAUGCGACCCAUCAGCUCCGGCUCGGAGCACUGCCCCUACGACUACAUCCGCGUCUACGACGGUAAGAACGAGAGCAGCUCGACCAUCGGCACCUUCUGCGGUAUGGGCAAGUUCCCCUACAGCAUCAUCGGCACCAGCGAGGACCUCUACGUGGAGUUUGUGUCGUCGCCGGCCGGGCCGCUGCUCAACACCGGCUUCCACUUCAACGUCGGCAACUGGCCGGGCCACGUGGAGACGGCGGGCGUGAAGAACGGCAGCUGCGAUUGGCUGCUGAACAGCGAGUCCUUGGUCAGCGGCAACGAGGGCAUCUUCUUGUCGGUGGCGCACUGGUACCCGCCGCACACCAGCUGCACCUACCUCCUGCGCGGCCGGCCGGGCGAGAUCGCGCGGCUCUACUUCCCCAGCUUCCGUGUCAACCGCAUCGAGUCGCCGAUCCAGCCGUAUGAUGGCGACUGCGGCGAGAGCCUGACGCUCUACGACGCCGAUUGGCCGGACGACGCGCGCAUCAUCAAGACCUUCUGCGACACCUUCAGCAAGCCAAUGGAGAAGCACGACUUCGUGUCCACGUCGAACGCGCUGUUCGUCCGCUUUGAGAGCAAAACUGGCAGCUACUCCGGCAGCUCGCUCUACUACUGGGCGCACUACGACUUCUUCAACGCGACGCGAUUCGGCGAGCCGGUGGUCGGUACCGAGUGCGACGAGAUCUUCGCCUCGUGGAAGUCGCGCUCCGGUCGCUUACGCUCGCCUUUGAACACGCUGGUCUACAAGAGACCCGGAGACCCGCCCGCCGACCUCGCCUGCACCUACAGCUUCGUCACGGACAAGCGCCUGUAUGCCCGGGUGAUCCUCGUCAUCGAGUCCGUCUCCUUCAAGGAUCACCCGUACGCACAAUGCGGCCAUUGCUGGGAUAGCCGGGUGGACCGGGUGAUCAUCAGGGAGCCUAGUCCGGACGGGGUUAAGGGUCACUGCUUGUGUCGUUCCAGCAGCAACGGCACCCCGUCGCCCACCAGCUCACCGCCGCCGAGGCCGCCUCUGCUCAGGGUGGUGUCUCGCGGUGAGAGGUUGGACCUCAAGCUCCUGGUGGACGGUGCCCACGCGGCCACGAGCUACUUCAAGGUGUCGGCGCCGCUGUUCGAGGCGAGCUACGAGUUCGCGCACAGCCCUCUCUGCGGCCCAGCCCUGCUGCCGGCCUCCACCGACGGCGAGAUCGAGUUCCCGCACUAUGAAGCUCUCGGCUACGUCACGCCGCCGAGAACCAUCAAGUGCAUCUGGGAGCUGCGGGUGAACCGCGAGCGCGACCUCUGGCUGCACUUCGACAAGAUCAAGUUCGCGUCGCGCUCCUGCGAGGAUGGCAAGCUCGAGAUCUUCUUGCCCGGCUCGGCCGAGCCGUACCUCGGCAUCUGUGGCGAGAACGUCAGCUACGUGCGGGAGAUGCCGAUCAUCUCGGCGGCGCAGAUCGCGCCCGCGACCGAGCAGCAUCCAGCGGCGGGCGGCGCCGACGGCAUCGACGAGUCGCCGGCGGUGAUCGUACAGUUCACCGGUUCCAUGGCGCCGGCCAGGGCAGCCUUCAAGAUCGCGUGGACCGAGCUGUAUCACCUGCCGAGGGACGGUUCCGGCGCGCUCAACACGCAGAAGCUCGAGGACUGCGCCUUCCAGUGUCCCGGCGAUGCCGGCUGCAUUCCGGCGAGGUUGCUCUGCAACGGUGUCGUCAACUGUCCGAGCCGCGGCCUGCCGACCGGUUUGGCCGUCGGCAUCCUCAACGGCACCUUCUACGAACCGGACGACGAGUCGUUGGAGACCUGUGGCGGCCCUAUCAACGCCAACGGUGGCGGGUUCACCGGACCUGCCGGCUGGGCCGGUGCUGGCCUCGGUGCCGGCUUGGCUAUUCUUCUAGGCUUGGCCUGCUUCAUCGCUGUCUGCAGGCUCUGCAGAAGACGAUCGCGCUCCAGGGACAUCCAUGUGCCCUAUUAGGGGCCGCGAUCGCACCUCUGCCAGAGCGCCUGCGAGUAAGCCCUCGUGGACGUGAGUCAUCUGCGAUCUUUUGGUGUCGCGGUUGUUCCUCGGGAAGUCGGGAUUUUCGUACAGACGUCUGUAUUGUAAACUAGAUUGCCAACUCGCUUGUGUACCGCACGAAAAAACGGACCCGGGAAAGUACGUAUCACAUAUGAGUAGCAUCUGCGCAUGCGUGUUGUAAAUAGUGUAGAAAAAGAGGUGGCUUGGAUAUGGCCGAUAUCUAUUCUGAAGGAGAAUGUCAGAAAAUAUUGAGAAAUAUACAUGUAUUAUAUUGCUUGAAAUUCAACCAAUCAAAGAUCACACUACUUAUACGACACAUGCGCGUAAGUUCUGUGUGUACUUUUCGGAGCCAUGUAUUUUGGAAGGCAAUUUAAUAACAAUACAGGAUGUUUCAGAUUACAUAUCCAUCCCUUUUGGGGGAAGGGAAAUGGUUUAUAACAAAAAUUUCGAAAAUUUUCAUGACUAAGUCGGGUAUGUUCUGUCUAAUGGUGAUUUUCAAUUCACGGUACUGAUCGGAAGUUGAAAA